UCUGAUGUUCUAACUCGUGCUUCACAAACAGUUCGUGAAAACUACCCAGAAAACACAUUUGUUGCAAAGAGUGCUGUUACUGUCACCUAUGUCAACGUAACAACAGGCAACCGAAAGAGUGCUGGUAAUACAUUCCAAGCGUUAAUCGUUGCUGGUUUGAACAAAAAUGCAGAGAAUAUGACGUUUGUCCAUCUCUUAUAUAGGGAUUUACCUUGGAGUGAGGGUGCUGAGGCGGGUAUAAUGUCGUUCGAUGAGGCCAACUCUAUAAUGCUACCCGGUUCUGGUACCGAAGGCAUUGAGCAACUCAGCCAAUUGAGCAACAUACAAAUACCCGGUCAAUGGCUGUAUCGUAUCGAUACGGAAGCUGUCUAUCCGUGUACCCAUCCACAACUGCAGCCACCUUAUUGCGAUGCCACCACCCCAAGACGUGUAAACAAUUCGCAACGCAGACCAAACAAAACUCCAUCAUCACAACAAACUCCUCGUCCGUUUUUCAAUCACUUUAUCAAAUCUUAUCGUAUCACUCGUAAUCAACUAAGACGCCACAUUCUUCCCGUUCAUUAA